AUGCAUUUGCGUCUGCAUGUGUUUGUUGGCCAAACGUUGUGGCUGAUAGCAGUUUUAAACGGGAAGACUAUCCAAGGCAUUCCAGGCUAUGGAAGAAAUUUAAUUAUAAAAUCAUUGCCAGCCAUUGAAGAUUACCAAAGCAAUGUUUAUGAGAUCUUUAUGGAGCCAUAUUUAUAUGAGCUUGGCCAACAAGGUUUUCUCGGUGGCGAACGCUCCGAAAAACAAAUCGACUUGGCAGUUGCUUCAAGAUCAGGUCCUGGGCUCCAAGCUGUAGUCUACCUACAGGACGAUGAAGAAUCAGGCGUCGCUGGCGAACUCAUCUUUACUCAGAUCGUCCCCAAUGGCCCCGUGACAUUGCAUGGCAACAUAACUGGACUACCGGCUGGUAUCCACGGUGUGCACGUGCAUCAGACUGGUGCUAUCAAGGACAACUGUAAGGAGAUAGGUCCUCACUUCGUUGCUUAUUACGGCAGACACGGCGGUCCACGCGAUCCUAUUCGCCACGUUGGCGAUUUAGGAAACAUAAAAUCAGAAGGAGAAACAGUAAACGUGAAGAUAGUAGACCAUCUCAUCUCGCUCGCAGGUCCACGAUCCAUCGUCGGCAGAUCACUGGCAAUCACAAAAUCUGAAGACGAUUACGGCAGAGCUGGCACUGAAGACAGCGCUUUGACUGGCACUUCUGGUCCUGCCAUUGCUUGCGGCGUUAUCGGAUACUUAAACUAA